AUGGAGUUUUUGGCCUAUGAGGACGGGACUCUUCGUUCUGAGUUCUACAGAACUUCGGAUGCUGUAGAGGAACCGAUUUUUAAUCCUAGAAAGGUCUACCAUCAGGAAUCGAAAGUAUCUCGUUUUGUUUUGAAUGGCAAUCAGGAAUUCACAGGUGAAGAAGGGGCCCUGGGCUUUAUUCACAGUCCAAAAAGUGUUCUUUUUGAUAAUUUUACUGUAGGUGAAACGUAUACAAUGAUAAUGGUGCUGACAAACUGUGCAAGUCGAUCCAAAACCUUUCGGGUUUUGCCAAUUCCCAUAAAGUAUAGGGACGUAUUACGUGUUGAAUAUGCCCCACCGCCAAGAAUCUCAACAGGAUUGUCGUGGAAAGUGCGGGUGAUAUUUACUCCUGAAGAAAAUAUGGAUUUUGAGACGGCAGUUGGGUUUCGAACAGAGGAAAGGGUCUUUUUUGUCCCCGUAAAAGCCUACCGCAAAAGAUCUUGUGUUUCGGUUGAUCCAGAAUGUCUUGAUUUUGGCGUCGUUAUCUUUGGUGAAAAAUCCACAAGGGUACUAACUUUGAGGAAUGAUGGCGCUCUUGCCGCCAAAGUUUUUAUUUCCGGAUCCUUUAGAAAAUGGAUGGAGGUGUUUGCCAAGGAUCCUCAAAACGAUCAAGAGAGUCUUGUUUUGAGUAUUAAACCCGUGGCAAAUCAACUUUUGGUGAAUCCAUUUUCGACGUGUCGUCUAGAGGUGACAUUUUCUCCGCACCGAGAAAUCAAUAUUGAUGAUGAAAUUGAGCUUCGUUAUGAUUCUGAUGGGAAAGAACAUAUUCAGAGGGUUUCUGUAAAAGGUUUUGGCGGUUCGCUUCCAGUUUAUGUUUCCUCUGCAUCCAUAAUAGAUUUUGGGUGGUGUUUCUACGAAAAUAGGUAUUGUGAGAAAAUUUUGAUAACCAACGCCACAAAUGUAUCGGUCAAUGUGGUUCCCGAAAUUCCACCCACACUGGCAUCUUCGAUGAUUUUUUCCCCGGAAACAGCAUGUAUUCAAGCAAAUAGUACAUUUGAUCUCUAUUUUUUAUUUACACCUUUUCGGGGUAUGGAAUCUAAUAUUUGUUCUGCUAUUAAAAUGAUUGUGUCAGGGCAGACAUCACCGAUUGCGGUCACGUUGAAGGCUCAGAUCACUGAAAGAGGAUUUUCUUUGGAACCAAAGAAACUGGAAUAUGGCACUUCUAGUAUGAACGAAGAAAUUAUUCUUCCUUUAAAAAUAAGAAACAACUCGGAUUUGCCCCAAACUGUGGGAUUUUUAAAACUUCCUGUAAAUGUACAUGUAACACCAUUUCAAACUAUAAUCCUCUUGCCGAAAGAGGUGUUUGAGGUUAAGGUUGGAGUUCGACCUCCUACAUUGGGACAGUAUACACAGAUGAUAAAAAUGACCAAUGAAUAUGGUGAUUCCCAGAGUGUACAAAUUACUGGAUAUGGCAAUAAAAAUGUCGUGCAAUUUUUGAAGCCGUGUUUUAGUUUUCCAGCGUGUCCCUUUGGUGGAGAAACAGCCUGUACAAAUGUAUUGGAGAACCGUGGCUCUGUUCCUUGUGGUUUUCGUUUAAUUUCUCCAACAGAUGUUUUGAGAGUUUAUCCUUCAUCAGGGGUUCUUUAUCCUGGAAAAACCAUUCCAAUUGUUUUGAUAUUUAGACCUCCAGAACCCCAACCGAUCAUUGUGACUGUAGAAGAAAAUGUUUCUCGCCCAGGUGGAAAAGGUGCAUUGAAAAAGCGUAAGGAAAGAGAAAAUUUAAAUGCAACUACAGGAGUUUUGGAUCAAGAAGUGGUCUCCUUAGAUACACUGUACAAGGACUGGGAAAGUAAUGUAAUAGAUGAAGAAUGGAGUAGACAUUGCACUUUUUUGGUGAAAUGUUUAAGUACUAUGGAAACAGAGAAGUUUUUAAAUUUACUUCAAGUUAAUUGUACGGUUGUGAAACCAACAUUGAUUGCGCGAUAUCUUUCACGCAGCCUUCAAAAAAUUGUGGUACAGAAGGUUUCGUCAAAACGCAAUUCAAAAAAAUCCCCUCCGUUGGUAAAUCUAACAGAAGAAACAUCUGUUGUUGAGGUGUCUGGGGGUGGUACACAUCUUGAUAUUGAUUUUGGUGAAGUACCGCUGAAGCACCUGAGUGAAAAAACAUGUUUGUUGCAAUAUAAUGGCGAGAGGUCUAUCAGUUUACAGGUACGGCCCGUUAACACACUAUCUCCAUUUCGAAUAGUAAAAUUACCGCCUGCCAAAUUAUCUCAUAAGGAAGAAUGCACCAUGGGUAUUAGAUUUCACCCCACAGAGUAUGGCAAUUUCAGAGAAACUAUCAAUAUUGCAUCCGUUGGUGCGAACGAUAUUGCGCUUUCUUUAUCUGGUAUUUGUCGACCGGCGGAUUUGUUGAUCACUCUCUCGAGUGAUAUUACAGGGGACCGUUUUAAUUCAAUUGACUAUUUUUCGUUUGAUACUGUACUUGUUGGGCAAGAGAUUCGACAAACGUUGUAUAUUCACAAUUUGGGCUCACUAACUGUUGAAGUAACUGCCAAACUUCUUUCCGCCGAGGGCAAAGAACUUAAAUGGCCUGAGUCGCACUCUUUCAUCAUUGAAUCAGAUCGGUUUACCAUUACUGGUAAUUGUAAGGUGAGUAUCAUGUCUAUUUUUUGUCCUCGAGUCGCUGGAACCUUGUCCGCCUUUCUUCAAUUGAGCGCGGGUGCGUUUCAUCACACAAUUCUACUUAAAGGAAGGGCGUCCGAAAAUUUGGUUUUUUAUACCUUUCCAGAACAAAGCACUCAAAUGACAGAAACUUCUUUUGUGUGUACUGGUCUGCAACCAGAAGUUUUUCCACCCGAAGGUUCUUCUCCCGCAUAUCCAUUUCAAGUUCUUUGUGUUGCAGGAGAAACGAAGACUAUAACAGUUGGAUGUGUCAAACUAGGUGCGAGUUUCGAAUGUAUUGUCUGUGGUUGGAGUGAAUCGUAUCAUGAAAAUGGGUGGAAGUUAGAGCCUAUGAAGGUCAAUGUUCCAUCAGGAGGUAAUGUUUUGUUUACAUUGAAUUACAAUCCAAAGCGGGAAAUUGGUGAUGUUUCUUUCUGUACUUUUUUCUUCAUAACCAAAUCUUCUCAGCCAUUGGCCGAGACUAAGUGCCACGUUCGAUGUACAGGAACAAUGAAAGUUUAA